AUGGAUGGCCCAUGUAAGUCUGAAGGUUUUCAUGGAGCCUCUGUGGUCAUGAUUUCAGCAAAUGGUCAAAGACCUGGCUCAGCAAAUGGUCAAAGACCUGCCUUAGCAAAGGGUUAUAGACCCCCAAGUGCUGGAAAGGAGAGAUGCGCAAGGUUUGAUAGAUCAAAAGCCAGCAAGGCUCACACUCAAACACUAGAAGUUUCUACUGUACUCCAUGGUAGCUCAGUAAGUACUAGCCUUCGCCCUGAAAGUCCGAAAUGUGGGCGAAGCCGAUCAGCAAGCCCACAUAAUCGACGGUCAAGUAGGGCAAAAGAUUUGAACAAUAUGAUGUCUAUGGAUUUCUUUUCUUAUGGUCCAAAGUUUGCUGGUCAUGAGGAUGUUGAAGAGGAAUUUUAUACUAGAGAGCAUAAGACUAAAGUUAAGUUUAUGCUGGAUGGUGAAGAAGAAGUAAUGGAAACUAUUUUUAUUGACAACAAUGAUGGUGAUAUUGAUUUGAAACCAGGUCAUGUUAUUGACUUUGACACUUUAGAAACAGAGCUUGCAUUAAUGAGAAGAGAUAUAAAAACUUCUCUUAAAGAAGCUGAAGAAACGAAUGCUGAUUCUGUCAAUGAGCCUGUUGAUGAGUCUAAUGACAAUGAUAAAACUGGUGAACCGGAAAUUCCGACUGAACAAGUCAGCAGUGAACCUGUAGCUUCAGUCAGAGAUGAUUAUUCAUAUUUGCUUGAAAAUUACCGACAGCGGUGUAUGGACAGGAGCGAAAGCUUUGGAGAAUUCAGCGCUAGACUUAUUACACCCAGUCAUACAGUUGGCAGCCUUAAAACUAGAAACCUGUCCACGCAAGAUCAUAGUGAUGCACAGGACAGGGGAUCAGACAUUGUUAAUAAUAAAAGCGGUGGAAGUGUAACCACAUUAACAACUGAUAGUGGACGAGGGUCGACAGAAAAUUUGUCUGAAAUGACGCAAACAGCAAGCUCAACAUUAACUGACAUACCUCGCAUGGACUUUGGAGAAAGUACAAGUGACCUCGGACUAGAUACGGCCCGUAGUGAUCUGACCCAGGGGGAUAACUUUGACGGAGGAGACGAUGGGAAAAAAAACCUGUUAGAGCUUGUUUGUGACCAGUUAGCCCCAAUAGAAAAGAUUCAAAAAGCAAAAGAUCGCAAAGAAAUUCUUAAAAAGAUUAUGCGCUCACAUAGAGCGCCAAGGCCAGAAGAUACAGCAAAUCUCAAGGUCGUUGCCACCACCAAGUCCCUGGCAAAGAACAAGCAUGGUUCAAGUGGGACCGUAGUGGAAAGCCCGCCAUUUCCGCCGCUGUGCUUCCAGAUAAACGCCCGACCACCCGCGGGAUACCUCUACUAUUUCGCAUACGGGCCUGAUAUGAACCCAGACAGACUGAGCAGCUAUCUGGGUCAUGACGUUACGUCUCGUUACUGGGGACUCUUGAUGGGUUUCAACCUCGUCUUCAACAAAAGAGGAACCAGUGUGGAAGCAGGGGGAUUUGCCAACUUGGAGUUCAACCCUGUACGCUCUGUGGAAGGCUGUUUGUAUAAGAUUACCUCUGACGAUCUGCGCAUCUUAGACAGUCGUGUAGGCUAUCCUCAACACUAUGAGCAUGUGAUGUUACCAGUCUGGAUGUCUAACAGCAAGGAACCAGACUCUAUGGGUGUGGCCCAGUACUGUGUCCCUGCCCUCAUGUACAUUGCCCAACAGAAUUGGACUGAAACAGAUCAAACUCUGCCUUGUGACUAUGCACUAUCACAACUAUUGAAGAGCUCUGAUAUGCUCACCCCAGCCUACAGAGAGUCAUUGGUUACCAAGACAACACAACAACCCAUUGCUGUAGCCUAGUUGCUUAGCUACUGUUGCUAGGCGUCUCAGCAGCCAAUCACAGAAGCCUCAGUCAGCUAGGUGCUUGGUGGUUGUUGCUAGGCAACUGAUGCCAUAUUUGUGCUUGGUGAUUGAUGCUAGGCAACUGUUGCUAUCUUGGUGCUUGGUGAUUGAUGCUAAGAAACUCAGCAAUGAAUCACUGAAGUCAGAAAGGUACUUGAUGACCUUUGCCGUGCAAAUUUAUAACCAUUUGCAGUAACCAGUUGGUGUUUGGUGUUCGUUGCUAGGAAACCAACCAACCAGUGAACCUUGACAACAUAGGACAUAUUUAAAUUGUUUAAGAGCCAUUGUAUGUUAAUAGCUAUGGUAUAAAAAAUAAUUGGAUCACAUUAUAAAAUGAUGUGAAAUAGAUUAUAAGUUUGACUUUUAGUUGAAAGCAUUCAUGUUAAAUAUUGCCUUAAAACACUUAAGAGUGUGUUAUUUGAAUAUUAAAACUAGCUGUGUUUUUGGUGACUAAUAAAUAAAAAAAAAUCCGAAAUUGAUAAUAUUACUACAUUAAUUAACAAAUUCGCAAAAAAUGAUAGUUCGAAACUAACUUGAUAAAAGGGUCCCAGAAUGAUUUAAGAGUUGAUAUUUCACUGAAACGUUUUUAUUCAUAUCCAUAUUUGAGAAGAUUUAAAAACAGAAUCGCAAUAUAUUUAAAACUCACAUACUUUUCAAAUGCUUGUUACAAACAUUUUAUUUUAUUUUUAUAUGCAAACGUUAGAUGGACGAUUAUUUAAAAUAUGUUAUUAGAGUUUAGUUAGAAAUUGAUUAAUGUAUGCAGUAAAUUAAAAAUUAUUCUGUAUUCGUAAUUUUAGCAGUUAUAACAAAUGUGCUUGUCCUUAGAUAAACUAUGUUUUUCUUUUUUAUCAUAUAAAAAUGAGCUUGUCCUUAGAUAAACUAUUUUCAUUUGUCUUUAUUUAAUGAAAAAUAUAGAACAUGCAUCGCAGUAUUUAUUAGCAACCCAUCAGUAUUUAAAUUUGUUGAUCAUUUUUUUAAAUGGUAUUUUAUUGAUGUUACUUUCAUCAAAGAGUAUAUUGUACAUAAGGUUGAUUUGAUCAUCAAGUCAUGCAGAGUUCUCAAUAUUUGCGGUUUAACUGUCUCAAAUAGUAAAAUGACUGACCAGCUACUACUUAUUCCACUUGAAAUACACUUAUUUUCCCAAAUUUGAGCUGGCCCAAUACAUGUAACCUGGAGUACACAUAACUGGGUUUUCCGAUGGCAGAACAAAUAAAAAGGUGAAAUUCAAGCUGUCCGGUUAGCGCAGUGGUUAUGGCACUUGCUUCUCACCAAGGCGACCCGCGUUCGAUUCCCAGCCUGGGCGCAUGUGAGUUGGUUUGUGGUCACCAAGCUGGACAAGUGGGUUUUCUCCAGGCACUCUGGUUUCCCCAAACACACAAGACCACACUCUGGCACAACAUCGUGCCAACGAGAAUGACUUGGUAUAAGUUAUCAGAACUUCACAAUUGUUGUAAAAUAUAUAGUGUUUAAACUAAGCUGUUGAAUUUAAUGUAGCAGAUCAAUGAUUCUGUUGUUUCCAAAGUAGAGUGUGUUUAUUAAAUCAGUACAAUUUUGUUCGUACCGGUGAAUUAGCUUGGGAAAACUGGAAUAUUUAUAAUUCCGGGCUUCAACUAUUGCCAUUUUAACCAUCCAAUUUUGAUGGCACACGAUUCUUAUUCAGAGAACACUGGUCAUGUAGACUCGAUUUUAUUUCGACUUGGUAUUUUAUAACCUGCAAGGAAACAUUAAACAAGUCUACCUUUUUAAUGUUGACUUUGGAGAUAUAACACGACAUGUAACAAUAAUAAUGCUGACGUUCCUAGUUAAAAAGUGAAAAGUAGGAAAAUAAUUAUUGCGACAUGUCAUGUUAUAACUGGCAAGUCACCAUGACAGUUAUAGCAUGACAUGUCGAAAUUAUAAUUUGACAAAUCUAAUUAAUAAGUGAAAAGAUGGACAUUAUAAUUGUGACAAUUGUCCCAUUAAAAUUCGCAAGUCACCAUAAGACAAAUUCACUUGUUUGAUGUUGACUUGCAAGUUAUAACAUGACAUGUCACAACAAUUAAUUUGACGUACAUGUAUUUAGUUUAUAAGUGAACAGGUUGACAAAAUCAUUGCCACAUGUCAUGUUAUAACUCGCAAAUUACCAUGAAACAAGUUGACUGAUUAAUGUUGAUUUGGCAGUUAUAACAUGACAUGUCACAAUAAUUAUGUUGACUUAUCUUGUUAAUAAGUGAAAAGAUGGUCAUAAUUAUUGUGACAUGUCAUGCUAUAAUUUGCAAGUCACUAAGUUGACUUUGUUUUUUUGAAGAUGUCGAUUUUGCAGUUAUAACACAACAUGCUAGUAUGUCAUUAUAAUUAGGUCAUAAGUGAACAGGUUGACAUAAUUAUAGCCAUGUCAUGUUAUAACCUGUAAGUCACUAUGAAACAAGAUGAUUUUUAUUUUUUUGGAAGAUGUCGAUUUUGUAAUUAUAACAUGACAUUUGUCGCAAUAAUAAGGUAAUAAGUUAACAGCUUGACAUGAUAAUUGUCAGAUGUCAUGUUAAAACUCGCAAGUCACCAUGAAAGCAGUUGACUUGUUUAAUGUUGAUUUGGCAGUAACAUGACAUGACAUGUCACAAAAAAAAGGUAAUAAGUUAACAGCUUGACAUGAUUAUUGCGACAUGUUGUGUAUUAACCUGUAAGUCAACAUUAAACAUGUUAACGUGGCUACAUGAUCACAUCAUAUAUAGGUAUAUAUGAUAUACUCUUUGUUACAUUAUAGAGUUGUUGUUUUUUAAAUAUUUCAGAGUUUUAUUGAUAUUGUAUUGUAUUAUAUAGAUAGAAAUUGAAGAUAUAUUUAUGUAGAUAUAUAAUGUUUUAUUUUCGAACAUGUUUAUAGAUAGAAAUUGAAAAAUUAUUUAUGUAGAUAUUUUAAGUUUUAUUUUCAUACGUGUUAUUAUAAACAUAGAGGUUAUCUUAUCAACGAUUUCAAGUCAUACAAGUGCUUGCUCCAUUGACCAUGACAAUAGUUUUGGGUAGCAUGUCACAUGCUAAUGCAUGUAUCUGACUACUGUGGAGUUGUGGAUAUGGUCGUUGAUAAUAUGGCAUAAUAGGGAGUAACUUUAUUUGGGUAAUUCACUGUGAUAUUGUGAUUAAUAUGAUUUUGAUCAUUGUAUGUUAUUAUAAUGAUUGGCGUCACGCGAUUAUUGUACAUGACUCACCAUUGUCGCCAUUAGUUUUUGGUGCCCACUCGGUGAAAUAUACACGCUGUCCAGCACUUUUUGGCAUGAAAUAAGGGCUAAUUUUAGGGAUAAAAAAAAUAAAUUGUAGAGCUAAUUUAGGGCUAAAAUAAGGAAAUUAAGGGCUAAAUAUGGUGGUUGUUAACAUCAUAAUGGAAUUACCUCUGCAAAUUUAACAAGAAAUAACUUAAGUACAGGAAUGACAUACACCAGGGUUACAUUGUCUCAGCUGUUAUUUUACAUUAAAGACACAUUAAACAUGAAAUAGUGAGUUUAUUAGUUUGUAUUUUCAACUGUUAAGGCAAUUAGAGAAGUAAAAUGAAAAAAAGUAGGAACUGACAUUAAAAAUAAGGGCCUUUUUAGGAAUUUGAAUUUUGAGUUUUAUUAGGAAUUUUAGCAAAACUGAAAAAAAUUAGGAAUUUUUAGGGCCACUGGACAGCCUGAAUAUAUUAUGGUCUUACACUGGAACAAACAAUUAUCUUAUGUAUGUAUGUUUAAAGACCCAAAGUCAAGCGUUGCAGCUCAUAUAACAUAUUGCAUUGCUCGUAAUGUACGCAGGUUAUAAUUAAACUGCAGUUUAAUCAAUAACUCAAAUUCAUGCAUCUAUGUUUCUAUAUAUAUGUGUAUGAACACUUGUUAAGGAAUCAAUUCUAUAUUAUUAUUUUUUAAUGCUUAAAUGUACAAUAAAUUUAAGCAUACAAUGUGAAUAUGUUUACUUUUUAACAGCAAACCAAGAGACUUUAUGAUAUUUUCUUUUACAUAUAGCUGACUGUUUAUUUUAAUUUUCACCCAUACAUGUCAAACAGGGUUUAAUUUAUAAUUUUUACAAAUAGUAUUAAAUCAAGUCAUAUCAUUUACAUAUAUAUAUUAUAUAUAUAAAUAUAUAUACAGUCGAACCCCGAUCACUGGAACUCCCUGGGACUGGCGAAAAUACCUUGAGCCUCCGAAAAUUUGAGCCAAGCGGGAAUGUUUGGUUUUAGAAUAAAGAAAUAGGUCCUUUACAUCUAGUUCGAGCUAACGGGGAAUAUGUAUAUACAUAUUAUUUUUUUUCGAAAAUUGUUGGCACAGUUUUGUUAUUGUAUUUUUGGCAGAUUAAAACCUGUAUUUUUAAAUUUAAAGGGUAAAAAAUAAGACAAUAAUUCAAAGGCCUUAAAUAUAUCC